AUGCUGAGGCUGGAGCCCUCGCCCAGGCCUGGAGGCCACCGGCCAGGCCUCCUGCCCUUGCUCCUAGCUCUCCUUGGCACAACCUGGGCAGGGGUGCAGCCACUCCAGCUGCAGGAGCAGCGGGUUCCAAUGGCUGAAGUCCUGAGCAAGAAGGAGAGCUUCCUCCUCAUUUCUCUGCACAACCGCUUGCGAAGCCGGGUCCACCCGCCUGCGGCCAACAUGCAGAGAAUGGAUUGGAGCGACAGCCUGGCCCGGCAAGCCCAGGCCCGGGCGGCCCUCUGCGGUGCCCCCGCCCCAAGCCCGGCCUCCGUCCCGCGGGCCGCCCGGCACGUGGGCUGGAACGCGCAGCUGCUGCCCGCGGGCUCCGCGACCUUCGUGCACGUAGUGGGCCUGUGGUUCUCCGAGGGGCGGCAGUACAGCCACGCGGCGGCCGAGUGCGCCCCCAACGCCACCUGCGCCCGCUACACUCAGCUCGUGUGGGCCACCUCGAGCCAGCUGGGCUGUGGGCGGCACCUCUGCUCUGGGGCCCAGGGCGAGCUGGAAGCCUUUGUCUGCGCCUACUCUCCCGGAGGGAACUGGGAGGUCAACGGGAAGACCAUCGUCCCCUACAAGAAGGGCGCCUGGUGUUCACUCUGCACGGCCAGCGUCUCCGGCUGCUUUAAAGCCUGGGAUCACGCAGGGGGGCUCUGUGAGGUCCCCAGGAACCCGUGUCGCAUGAGCUGCCGGAACCACGGCCUUCUCAACGUUAGCACCUGCCACUGCCUGUGCCCCCCUGGAUACACAGGCAGGUACUGUCAAGAUCAAACCAAAGAUGCCACAGAGCACAGAUGAGUCCCAGGUGGGUGUUCUUGCUGGGGUUGGCAUCCGUGCACAUCCUCCGCCCCCAUCCUGGCAGUGCGGUGCAGCGUGCAGUGCGUGCACGGCCGGUUCCGGGAAGAGGAGUGUUCCUGCGUCUGUGAUGUCGGCUUCGGGGGAGCCCAGUGCGCCACCAAGGUGCGCUUUCCCUUCCACACCUGCGAUCUGAGGAUCGAUGGAGACUGCUUCAUGGUGUCCUCGGAGGCGGACACCUACUACGGCGCCAAGAUGAAAUGCCAGGGCAAGGGUGGGGUGCUCGCCCAGAUUGAGAGCCAGAAAGUACAGGACAUCCUGGCCUUCUACCUGGGCCGCCUGGAGACCACCAACGAGGUGACCGACAGUGACUUUGAGACCAGGAACUUCUGGAUCGGCCUCACCUACAAGAGCGCCAAGGACUCCUUCCGCUGGACCACGGGGGAGCACCAGUCCUUCACCAGCUUCGCCUUCGGGCAGCCGGACAACCAGGGGUUUGGCAACUGCGUGGAGCUGCAGGCGUCGGCCGCCUUCAACUGGAAUGACCAGCGCUGCAAAACCCGCAACCGCUACAUCUGCCAGUUUGCUCACGAGCACAUCUCCCGCUGGGACCCAGGGCCCUGAGGUUCAGCCAUGCCCCUCCCCAGCCAGCGCCUGGAU